AUGGCGGUGAUGACUCGGUACAAUCAAAAGGAACGAAAGACUGGAGGAAAUAGCUUACGGUUUAGCCUCACCGGGGAUCUUCCAUUCGUUCAUGGCCGGAGCUUCCUCGUUCACGGCUCCUCCCUAAGCGGGAAUGGCGGCUAUCGGACUCGGAGUGGCACUAACGCCUUAACAGAUGGCAAAGGGUGGUGGCUUCAUUCUUCAACGGUCGGGGCUCCUCCCCAGUUCGUUUCUGCGGCGAGCAGGUCGCGACGUUCUACGAUAGACGCAUCUCCACGCGAUAGCAACUGCAGCGACAGGCGGCUGGUUGAUCAUGACCCAUGCAGGCGAUGGAAGUCACGGCGGAACUGGAUAGUCGACAGCUUCCAAUGGCGGCAGCGACGUUGGCAGGAAGUCGGCGGUCGUUUGGCAGUCAUGGGUGACCGGAGGGUGAAAAAAACGGGUGGUGGCGGCUGA